GCUUGAGCACCACAGGCUCUUACCGGUGCUUUAGGAUUCGUGCGCUUUUGGGUAUCUGACGGACGAGGGGCCGGCCCUGCCUGCCUUGGCUGUUCCGUUUCUUCCUCCUCCAUGCUUCCACCGGUGGUAGUUGCCUUGGCGCUCCUCCUCCGAUUAGGAACUAGAGAGACGAGACGAGAGAGGAGAGACGCUGUUCCUCUUCCCCUCCCCUUCCCUGCUGGCUAUGUUGGAUUCGAAUCCAUAAUCUGCAAAAGGGAUAUAUCUAGCGCCCGCGCUCUGGCGACUCCCCUCCGGCCCUCCCCAUCUAAUCUGCCAUGGGACUGCAGAAUCUGAUGCGCUUCAUGCACAUGCAGCGGCAGCGUGACCAGCAGCGCCGCCGCCAAGAUCCCCCCAUUGGACUUAUUGCUUCACGAGCUAAAAGAAAGGGAUCACCCUGCCAACAAGAUGAUGAUUCUCAGAAUGAUCAACUAGAGAUACAAUCAGGACCAACCCUUCCAGAGGACAUCUGGCACCAUAUACGUUCCCUGAUGCCAAUGCGAGAUUCUGCCCGAGUCGCUUGUGUUUCUCGUGCCUUUCUACAUUCCUGGAGAUGCCAUCCCAACCUCACCUUUAGUUAUACAACAUUUGGAUUGAAUACAAAGGCAUAUGGAAAGGAUGAAUUAGCUGGAGUUUUCUACGGCAAAGUGGACCACAUUCUGCAAAGGCACUCAGGCAUCGGCGUGAAGAAACUCAAGAUUCAAACUGGUUCACAUUAUAGUGCAAAGGACUCUUAUUAUCUCAACAGUUGGCUUCAGAUUGCUGUUACACCAGGGAUUGAAGAACUCACACUCAUGCUUUGCACAAUGAAAGCAAAAUAUAAUUUCCCAUACACACUUCUGUCUAACGGGAGUGGAGACUCAAUCCAAUAUCUUCACCUUUCUAGUUGUUCCUUCCACCCUACUGACGCUCUUGGUCCUUUAAGAAGUCUGACGAGAUUGCAUCUUAAUCUUGUGCAUAUUACGGGUGAUGAGUUAGGAUGCUUCCUUUCCCGUUCUUUUGCUUUGGAGCGAUUAGAAGUCAGGUACUGUGAUAGAAUAGUUUGCCUCAAGGUACCUUGCUUGCUGCAGCGGCUCUGCUAUCUGGAGGUGUUUGGGUGUGGCAGGCUGAAAGUGAUAAACAAUGAAGCUCCAAAUCUCACCAGUUUUCAAUUUGAAGGGGACACCACAGUACAACUAUCAUUCGGAGAAACGUUGCAGAUGAAGAAACUAAACAUGUACCGUUCUGGAGCAGUUUUCUAUGCCCGUGCUGAACUUCCAUCAAGCAUGCCAAAUCUUGAAGCUCUUACUGUAUCUUCGCGCAGCGAGGUGGCAUAUGCUCCAAUUCUGCAUAGCAAAUUCCUGCACCUCAAGUACUUGAGUAUUUCCCUUAAUGGAGCACCCUUUUCCCCGGCCUAUGAUUAUUUGUCUCUGGCUUCUUUUCUUGAUGCCGCUCCUAUUUUGGAAAGCUUCCACUUGGAUGUAUUCCAGCGAUUCAUGGAGAAUGUCUCAAUUUUUGCAAGUCCCUCUGAACUGAGAUGUAUACAAGGAGGGCAUCAUCACAAACUUAAGAGGGUACGGAUCAAUGGAUUCUGCUCGGCAAAGAGCUUGGUUGAGCUAACAUGCCAUGUUCUCCAGCAUGUAAUGUCACUUGAGUACCUCACGUUGGAGGCUCCUCAGAGUUCUUGGAAGUGUUCUGAGCCUGAGAACAAAUCUGGAAAGUGCUUCCCAAUGGUUAGGGAUAUUCUCAUGGAAGCUCAGAGUGCAGUCCUGGCUAUUAGAGAAUACAUUGAACCUAAGGUUCCUUCCACGGUGAAGCUGCGUGUCUUGGAGCCUUGCAGCUGCCAUGAUCUUGAUUCAGAAUUUGAAUUAUAUGUGUUUUUAGACGGGCCAUGAUUUGUACAAUAGUAUCAGUAGUGCCAAUUGCUCAGUUGCAGUAGUAUUACUUGCACUGGCUGUGCUGUUUCCUGGUCUAUGGCACCAUUCGGUUUUAUCUGUUUAAUUAGUGUCAGUAUCACAGUAUGCAUAUGGAUACUUCCAUCAUAAACAAUAACAUGCGUGCUUAUUGGAAUAGCAA